UUAUCUCAUCAUUUUCUUUCCCUUCCAGGGGCUAAAGACAUGUGGAGAGCCUACUCUGACAUGAAAGAGGCCAAUUACAAAGAUUCCGACAAAUACUUCCAUGCCCGCGGGAACUAUGACGCUGCACAGAGGGGCCCUGGGGGCGCCUGGGCUGCUAAAGUGAUCAGCAGGAUGAAGCUGUUCACAGGCCUCAUUUUCUGCUCUUUGGUCCUGGGAGUCAACAGCUGGUUAUCGUUCCUUGGUGAGGCUGCCCGAGGGACUUGGGACAUGUGGAGAGCCUACUCUGACAUGAGAGAAGCCAAUUUCAAAAAUUCCAACAAAUACUUCCACGCCCACGGGAACUAUGACGCUGCACAAAGGCGCCCCGGGGGCGCCUGGGCAGCUAAAGUGAUCAGCAAUGCCAGAGAAGGUUCUCAGAGAGUCACAGACCUUUUCAAGUUUGGAGACAGCCGCCACGGAGUGGACUCGAGGGCUGGCCAGGCUGCCAAUGAAUGGGGCCGGAGUGGCAAAGACCCCAAUCACUUCAGACCUGCUGGCCUGCCUGACAAGUACUGAGCUUCCCCUUCACUCAGCUCUCAGGAGAUGGGGCUGUGAGCCCCCUGAGGGCGGGCACAUCGAGUUAUUGAGUUCUAUAUACACAAA